CACAACUAAUCAACUCUGCUGCUUUGCUGCUCGCACGCCAGGCAGCUCCUCCUCUCCCCUCAGCGCGAGUGCCGUCCUGCACCAUCAGCUUUUGACCUGUUCCAUUUCCGUUCACUGGCUGACCUGUUUCCUAGACCGCGAUGGCACCGCAGCAACCAGACGAGGAAGAAGCAAUUACUCUCCUUAGUCCGCCGGAUCAACCCUCCAAUACAACACCCUCCACGCUGCCAGCUUUCUCGUUCCCAUCAAUUUCCUUUCCCCUCCCCUCCCUCUCCUUCUCGCAUCUCACCAUCUCAGCUUCACAAUCCCUCACUGCGUGCUCCUCCCCACGCGCGCCAGCAAAGCCCCCUGCACAAGACUUACCUUCGAGCCCAACGACAUGUGUUCCCACCGCGACACCGCAUCAUCCUACUUCCCUUCCAUUCCCUUGGACCUGGCACCUGCCAAAGCAAACCUUCCUUACUAGAAGCGUACUCCUUGACUACACAGGGCGUAUCUUGCUCCUUCUCUUGCCGCUGGCGCUGCUUGCGCGCCUGCACACUGGCCGCGAUCCCACAGACCUCGCGGCUUCAGCGCCCCUGUCAGCGCCCCUGUCAGCGCCCGUUGACCCCGCGGAGGCCGUCGCCUUCUCGCGCGGGCUCGACGCGCUGGCUUCGUGGGCGGAGGAGGUGGCGGCACAGCGCAGAGGGGAGCAAUGGCGGCCGCACGAGGAGGGGGAGCAGCCGCAGGACGAAGAGCGGCAGUCGCAGCACGAGGGUGUUUCAGGGUUUUCGCGGCUUGAUCGCGUAGCUGCGUUUAACGUGGAUCGCGCGGUACUCUUGAACCACUGGCAAUGGCAGCAGCAGCAGCAGCAACACCAAGGGCGCGAGUCCCGAGUAGCGCGAUUCCGGGUCGUGUCGCUUCUCGCUCCGACGGAAGCAAGCAACUUGACGUGGGACGACCUCUACCCGGAGAUUAACUACGAGCGAUCCAACUUCACUUGCCCUGCUGCGCCUCGCGCGCCGUGGGAGGAGAACGAGGGGAAUCAUGACCUGGCAGACGCGGUGGUCGCAGUGGUGUCGUGUCGCCCGGCGAACGACUCGCUCGCGAGGGACGUGCGAUGGCUGCAGCUGAUGCUGUCGCUCGCACGCUUCGCCAGUCAGUCCCGCCGCCCCUGGCUGCCGCUCGUCAUCGUCUCCCCCUGCCGCCCGCCGCCCAACCUCUUCCACUGCCGCUUCCUCGCGCGCGCGGAACCCGUGGCGCACGGGGCGGAAGGCGACGUGUGGGUGUACAACGUGACUGCGAGCGACAUGCGCGCGCGCAUCCAGCCCGCGGGGUCCUGCGCCAUGGCGCAACACACCGUGGAUGCCGCAGCCCUCGCGCGUCCCCCCUCCUUGGGCCCUCCGCGCUUCGCCUUCGCCACGGUGCUGCACAGCAAGGGCGACUACGUCUGCGGUGCAAUCGUGCUCGCGCACUCCCUCCGCGCCGCCGGCCUCGCGCUGCCGCCCACGUUUUUCCCCCCCGCCACCCCCGAUAGCAGCUCCGUUGGAGGCGGAAAUUCCUCCGCCAAUGGUAGGGAUGGAGGAAAAGCACGUACUGGGGGAGCCGGGGGGAACAUGGGGGGAAGUAAUGGGCCUGCAGAGGCGGAGCUGGUGGCGCUGGUCUCGGCGGAGGUGGGGGCGGAGAGCCGCGCAGGACUGGAGGCGGCGGGAUGGCGGGUUGUGCAGAUCGAGCGCAUCAGGAACCCGCGGGCCAAGGAGGGGAGCUACAACGAGUGGAACUACAGCAAGCUGCGGCUGUGGCAGUUGACGGAGUACGAGCGCGUUGUGUUUGUCGAUGCAGACAUCGUCGCCCUGCGCCCGCUCACACACCUCUUCCUCUACCCCGAGCUGUCGGCCCGUGGCAAUGACUUGUUCCGAUUCAACUCGGGCGUUAUGCUCAUUGAGCCGGCCCUCUGCACGUUUGACUUGCUCAUGGCUAACAUCCACAGCAUCGUGUCCAACAAUGGCGGAGACCAGGGCUACCUGAACAACGUCUUCACCUGGUGGCACCGCCUGCCCGAGUCAAUAAACUUCCUCAAACACAUAAAGGCAGCUCAGGGAGACUCUGACUAUGACUGGGAAGUGGCCACCAAGAAUGUGCUUUUCUCAGCUGACCCUCCCCAGCUUCACGCCAUUCAUUACCUCGGUCGAAAGCCCUGGCACUGCUUUCGGGACUUUGACUGUAACUUGUUGUCGACACACAUGCACAUGUUCGCUAAUGAGGCUGCUCAUAAGAGGUGGUGGGAGGUGCAUGAUGGGAUGGCGGUGGGGUUGAAACCCUGGUGCUGGUUGAGUGAGGAGAAGAAGACGGGGAUAUGGGAUGGCAUGGAGAAGUUAAGGAAAGAAGGGGCUGCUCCAAAAUGGUGGAAUUUCACCAUAACCGAUGCAAGGAAAGAUUUGGUGGUGGGGGGAUGAGGCUGGACAACUGGCUGCUCUAAAAUGUCUGCCCUAGUGGAUUACACUAUCUUCAAAUUCUCAUCAUAUAAUAGUUUUGAUACCGGUAUGUUAAAAUUAUAUAAGUUAUAAUUUAAUAUAGG